AUGUUUAAAAACACUUUGUUAACUGUGCAUAAAGGAUUAAAGCAUGUGGUGUUUUCGCGCACGAUUUGCAACGGUCCUAAAGUCGCUAUUAAUGGAAUUGGUCGUAUUGGAAAGUCUGUGCUUAGGGAAUCCUUCAAAAACAACGUAAACGUAAGUAUAAUACGACUUAUACCAUAUUUAUUUUCUUAAAUAUACGUAUUUAUAUAUUCGUAUUCCAAAGACUUAUUGAAAAGACAUCAUAAGUAUGUUAUAAUACUGUAAUCUUUCCGUCUGUAACGCUCAUUUGUUGACUUAACAUGACAACUAAACAUUUUACGUUAAAUACUAAUCACUAUAAUUAUAUAUAUAGAAUAAUACUAUAUUACCAGAUGAGUAUAGCCAAUAGAUUUACUAGCUGUCCAGGAAAAAAACAGGAAUAUAAUUCAAUAAACAAUUUUAAAUAUCGAGAAAAUUAAACCUUUAAAAUAUAAUUUUUACUUUAUUCUUAUUCCCUGUAAAUGAAUGUUUCCAAUCUACCAUAUAGGUUUUCACUGGACUAUUUUGGUUAUUUGGGAAAAUUGUUAAUACCUCACAGACUUUUUAUUUAAGUUUUCACUUUUUUGGUAUAAGUGUUAUUUGCAUAUCAUAAUGAUGAACGUCAUUAGCUCGAAUUAGAUAAAACAAAAUUAAAAAGAGAUGAAACUGAGAUGGGUGUAGCCACUGCUGUAAGUGCGAAGUCAAGACAGUUAUUUACAUAAAGUUAUUUAAUUUAUAUCUGUAUGCAAAGAUAAAUCAUUGCCAAAGAAAAACGAUUCGGAGCGAAGUUUGGUAAGAUAUAUUUUGAAGUACCGUAAUUUUUAUAAUUUUCGUCUUGAAACUUAUGAAAAAAAAUUGAUACAUUAAACUAAAAUUUGUUUUCUACCCCACCAAGUACAACUUAUAAUCUAUCUUAUGUUAAAUUUGAAAUAACGAAAUCAUUGGAUCGUAAUUUAAAAAAAUCGUAUUUUCGUCUAUUUUGGUUUUUCCUAAUUAUUAUGAAAACUACUUUAGAUAUCAAGAAAUGGCUUUAUUUUUAGUGGCUUAAUAUUAAACAGAACGAAAUCAACCACUUAUCAUUUUUAAAUUGAAGUAAAAUUUUUGGUAGAACAUAUCGUAGGAAAACCAAUAGAUCCCUUACUCCACUCCAAAUAUAAAAACCAGUAGUUUAAUUUUUUCUAAAGAAAACUUUAAAUGUCCAAUAUCCUCAAACAUAAUGCUAUUGAUAAUAUUUUAUCAUGGUCAUUAAUGUUAAUCGAACUUGAACCUAUUCUUUACUACAAAUCAAAAUAAAAUAUUUCAAAACAUAAACUUGAACAAUAAUAAUGGAAACAUACAAUAUUGAAUAAUUUUGUUAUUCUUAUUUUAAAGAUCGUUGCUGUAAAUCAGCCGUCAGUCGACAUAAAGGCAGUGGCUAAAGCAUUGAUGUAUGACACGGUACACGGGCCGUUUAGUAAAGUAGUCACAAUACACGACAAAAACCUUUGUAUCGACGGUAAAAACAAUUAAAACAAAUUUAAUUAACAAUCAAGUUAAAUCUCUAACGCGUUUGUUACUUCGGUAAACUGCAGGUAGACUCGUGAAAGUUUUUCACGAAGCAACUCUAGAGAAAAUCCCAUGGAAAACAGUGCCGAUCGACUACGUGAUUGAUGUGACAGGAAAAUGCAAUGAAGAGAAAGAUGCCAUGGUAAAUAUUACCUUUGGCUAUUAUAUAGUGUGAUUUUACACUAUGUGACGUUUUCAGGUAACAUUUCAGCUGGAUCACUUAGAAUUUGAAUUCCGUUUUGGGUAGGUGAAAGUAUUGGUACUAAAAUAUACAAUUUAAAACUCAUAGUUUUAACACCAUUAGAUUAGAAUACUUCUAUUUUAUUUAACAAACUGAGGGAUAUUUUUUGUCUCAGAUUACUUGAGGUACAGCUAUUUUAAGUUUGUUGAAAAAAAAAUGAUUUUCAAAAAUAUUAAUUGCAUAACCUUAAAAAUGACGUUUGGCUACUUUUGGAAUAAAAUUUUUUUUUUUAAAGAUGGUCUUGAAAUAGAUCAUAAAAAGUCUUACGAAAAAAUAAAUACUACAUUACACUCAAUUUUUUUUACCACUUGUAUGACUUAUAAAGAACCUUCUGUCAAAUUUUCAGUCAUUUCUGUUUAGUCUAAAAAUGUUAUCCACAGCGUACCUAUCAAAUAAAAAUUAUUUAAAAAAUCUCAAUUAAAAUAUUUAUAAAUAUCUCAAAAUUGACUCAAAUGCUCAGAACAUUUUACCACAUCUAGAAAAAGCUAUUAUAAGUUUUUUGUCAAAUUUCAAGUUUCUACAAAUAUUUUUACCUGAAUUGCAUAAAAAAAGAACAAAAUUAAAAAAAAUAAAACAAUUGUUUUCGUAUAUUUUCCGGUUCUUUCUAAGUAUUUUUAUUAUGUAGUUUAUUAAAUAAACAUACAUUCUUCAUCAAUUAUCACGAUAAAUUGAUUAAUUAUGUUAAUACAACAUCAUUAUUAUAACUACAAUCACGAUUACGUUAAGACAAAAAUCAUUUAUUUUUACUCUCUAAACAUAAAAAAAAAAAAUCAAAUUCAAUUAUUUUGGAUGCAUUUGUAGGAAAAUUUUACAAUAGAAGUGCCACCUUUAUGUUAUUCUAUGAUCUCAGGUAAUUUUUGGAAUAAAAAAAAAUGAAUUGAUCAAAAUUGCUUGACAAAAAUAGAAUUAUCUAAAUCUAGUAUAACAAAAAUAUGUGUUGCCAUUAAAAACAAGCGUUUUGUAUUGCACAGGAAAGAUUAUAAAUUGGGAUUUCUCCUAAAGUGUGUAUUUCAUUACGCCCCAUCACAUCCCGAAAACGGAAUACAAAUCUUAGGUAAUCUAACCGAAAUUUUUAUUGUUAUCUGGAACACUUUAUACUGGUCUAAUAUUAUUGUCGUUUUCAAAUAAACGGUGUUAGGUCGUUGGAGUACCAUUUGAGAACCCCUGCUACUGGUAGUUUAAAAAUAUACAUCGGCUGCCCUACGAAGAUUUUGCAUUAUGUCCUGAGUCAUUAAAAAUAUUCAAAUUCCGUUUUUAUUUUGUUUUUUUGUUUCAUUAUUACUUAAGGAUAAAGGCUAAAAAUAUUUAUAUUUAAAUUAAAUUUGUAUUUUUUAGUUAAAGAAAAAAUGUAAAAAAAAUACUUUUUAUGUUUACUAAAUUCGUAGUUUUUAAUAAUUUUUUAGAGUUUGGAAAAAAGUACCUACUUAUAUGCAGCAGGUUAUGAUUGCAUUUGCUCAUUGAUUAUUAUUAUUAUUAUGGUUAUUUAACUGUACACUUUUUUCUCUACAUUUUAAAAAAUUAUUAAAACUCACGAAUUUAAUAAAAAUAAAAAGUUAAUAUGUCAACAUUUUUGAACAAAUAGACUCUAUAAUAUAGCUACAUUCAUAUCAAAAAUCCAUGAUUUUUAAUAAUUUUUUUAAUGUUCAGAAAAAAAAAAUAUACAGUAAAUUAGCUGUAAUAAUAAUAAUCAAUUGGCGAAUUCGAUUACAGCCCGCUAUAUAGUUUUAUAAAGUUACUUAGAUACAUAACGUUGUUUAAUUUAUGUCUGUAUACAAUGAUAAACCUUUGAAAACAAAAAAAGAUUCCUAACGAAGUUCGGUUAUAUAUAUUUUGAAUUUCCGUAAUUUGAUGGUUUUCCUUGAAAUUUAAAUUUAAUCGCUUAUAAAAAAAACUACUAAAUAACGUUAAACUUUUUUUCUCACCAUUCAGUACAACUUACAAUGAACUUCGUAUUCAAUUUUCAACAAUUAUAUUCGGCCAAUUAAUUUGUCCAAAUAAUAUCUUAAAACCAAAUAAAAACUUAAAAGCUCGAAAAUAUUAAAUGCCUAUAAAAUAUUUUUCCAAAAACUCCAAAAUGUUUUACAAAUAGCACUAUAUUAAGAAAAGGCCAUUGUAGGUAAUCCGUAAACUGUUCCGUUUUCCCUGUGUUUUUUAUUCCAAUUGUUAAGGAAACUACAAGAAAAAUCUAAAAAUGACCUCUCUAAUGCACCAACUAGAUUGAAAAUGCAACAAAAGCCAAUAACAUUUCACCAACAUCGUAUUAUAACGAUUACAUUCCUCAUGCUGCUCGGAAUCUAAAAGCUAAAAAAUAAUACCUGUUACGUCACUGAAUUUAAUAUUAAAUACGGCACCACCAUCAUUAAAAAAUAUACCUAUAUAAUUAUUAAUCGUUUCUAUUUGUUUGUGCCAAACAAGAAACACAUUAACGCAGGCGCGAAAAAAGUGCUGGUUACUUCCUUGUCUAAAGAUAUCCCGAUAUUCGUCAAAGGUGUUAACUUCGAGAGUUACAAAAAUACAAUGAAAGUGGUGUCAUGCGGGUCAAGCACAGGAAACAGUGCUGCACCCUUAAUGAAGGUUCUCCACAGUAAAUUCGGCAUCCUUAAUUGUAUGGGGACAACCACUCAUCCGAUGCGAUCUUUCCAGCAUAUACACGACGGAUUAGGUUUCGUAAGUACAACAAAAACAUGGGAUACUGUAGAUGGAAAAAAAGGUUAGGGGAGGUCGGAACUUCUGAUCAUUUUAUUUUCAGUACGGCUUUGCUGAACGGAAAAUUUGAGACAUUCUGCGUGCAAAAGCUUUCUGUUGAAUUUGCAAUUGAUAUUUUCAGAAAUCCGCUGUAGCCAACAUUGGAUUAGACUCUACAGGUGCUGCAAUAACGAUCGGCUCGUCCUUACCGGAUUUAAAAUGCAAUAUUCACAUAGACGCGUCUAGCGUUCCCGUGCUCAAUGUGUCCUUGUUAAAACUUUACAUGAAGUAAGAGAGAAUAAUUCAAUCGUAUUUCUUCUAAUCCCACUCAGAUUCUGUGCCUUUACAGGAUAAUCAUCCAAUUUCACCACUAAUUCAGCCAAUCGCUAAGUACCUAAUUUUUUUUCGAUCCGAUCACCCUCAGAUAUUUAUUGAUAACAUUAAUAAGUCAACAAAUUAUGUAAUUACGCUUAUUCUUUGGGUCCCAUUACACAGUUUCGAAAAUCAGGCCACGGUGGACGCGAUAAAAACGGAAAUCGCAAAUAAAGCCGAGUCUGAGCUGAAAGAUGUACUACACUACGUUGACGACAAGCUUGUGAGUUCGGACUUUAUUAGCUGUCAAUAUUCGGGAGUAGUGGACUUCAAUCAGAUCCAGGUUAUCGAUAAUCUGAUCAGUAUCGGCAUAUGGUAUGAUAACGAGGUGGGUUACGCCUGCAGGAUGUUGGAUUUUGUGAAACAUAUGGCUGAAAUCGAUGCUAAAAAAACUAAAUAA